AUGAUCACUACAAAAACAUCGGCCACUACUACUACUACCUCCACCACUAUCACCACCACUGACAAUCGUUCCUUUUGCUACCGUCAUCGACCCGAUCUUGCACCCGUGCGAACCGAAGCUACCAAUGAAGAAUACCUGCAUAAGGAGCUCUCUCAUUUACCAACGACAAUGCAACAACCUAUCCUUGAUGCAUGGGCAACUUUCAGUGCAGCAACGGCUCAACAACGACGCAUCAUUCUGCAGGGCCUAGUUGCCACGUGCUGCACAUCACAGCUAUCAUUUCUCGCAUCCUCCAUUGAACCAUUACUUCGCAUUGAUAUGACAGCCAUUCUUCCACCUGAGAUCAUCGUCAAAAUCUUUAGCUACUUGGAUGCUCAAUCGCUAUGUGCAGCAUGCCAAGUCAGCCGACGAUGGAAAACGCUUGCCGAUGAUGACAGCUUAUGGCAUCGCAUGUGUCAACAACACAUCGACAAAAAGUGUGCCAAGUGUGGAUGGGGAUUGCCUUUAUUACAAAAACGUCGUAUUGUACGUCUUCGCAGUGCUCACAAACGACCCUUGGAAGACGAUGAUUCACAACAAUCAUCACCCGCUAAACGCGCCGAUCGAAAGCCUUGGAAGCAGGUUUACAGCGAACGUUUGGUAGUAGAACGCAAUUGGCGUAAACACCGAUUUACGACACGCACCCUAAAUGAAGGCGGUGAUGGCGGAGUACUUUGUUUACAGUAUUGCGAUGCGCAAAACUUGUUGAUCACGGGCUCAACAAAUCGAACAGCUACCGUGUGGGAUCUUGAAAGUGGUCAACCCCUACGCACCUUGAAAGGCCAUGCACGUUGUGUACGCACCCUCCAAUUUGACGAUAACAAGCUUGUGACUGGAUCCAUGGAUCAUACGCUCAAGAUUUGGAAUUACCAUACAGGCCAAUGCAUACGCACUCUUGAAGGACACACGGAUGGCGUUGUCCAUUUGCACUUUGAUUCACGUAUCCUUGCUAGUGGCUCCGUGGAUGGAUCUAUCAAGAUUUGGAAUUUCCAAACAGGUCGUUGCUACACGCUCACGGGUCACACCGCCAAAGUCACUCAUUUACAAUUACAUGGUCACCAUCAACUCGUGUCAGCAAGCGUGGAUGGUACCAUUCGUCUUUGGGAUCUCAAUGCUCAAUCUUGUAUUCGUACCUUUGAAGGCCAUCGUGCUGGUGUUCAAGUAGCCGUUGCAGGACUUUUGCCUCGUUCUUGUUUCCUUGAUCAUGAUGCACCUGUCAUUGUGUCAGGAUCGGAUGACAAUACCAUCAAGAUUUGGUCUCUUGAAUCAGGUCGUUGUUUACGCACUCUAUUUGGCCAUGCCCAUGGUAUCACCACGCUAGCCUACGACAAGCUCAGGCUUGUAUCUGGUUCUCUUGAUGGCAGUGUCAAGCUUUGGGAUAUCGAAAGUGGCUUGCCCAUGUAUACUCUUACUGAAGGUGCUCCUCAAGCUGCUGUUUCUUCCAUUCGUCUCAGCGAUUCAAAGGUCAUUGCUGCUACAGAGCAAGGCAACAUCCACAUUUGGGACUUUGGUGCCUCUCAGCAACAGCAUCAACAACAAAAAGUUACUGCAUAA